CUCCGCCUCUCUUCCCUGGUCUGUCAUCCACACCGCUGUUGCAGCCAUUUUACCGUGGAGCGUCGGCGCAGCAGCGACCAGGGGAUGCCGAGCCAGCACCGCUGAAAGAAACAAGAGGAUGGCUGACACGCCACGAGGUGCCGUGGUCGGCCGGCCACUGAUGUUUGCCAACGAGGAGCGGAGGGCUGUUCAUUCCUGGUCACGGAUUUCGUCGGCAGGGCACAAUGUCCUCCUGGAUGCUCUGAAGAUCCUCAGCCCAAUGUCCCGUGACCUUUCAAGCACCGAGGACCUCGUCACCUUCCUGCAGGACCUCAGCGAGGAAGGCCACAAGGCCACCGUACUACGGAGCAAGGAUGUGUAUGGCUACCGCUCCUGCACAAACCAGCCUAUGACUGAAGACAUGCUGAAGCCACCCAACAAGAGCAUCCGGCCCACAGCUAAGAGGAGGGGGAAGAGAGGUUUUACCAAGAAGAGGGAGGUGCACCCGUCCUGGUACAACUCUGAGAGGAACAACCCCAGGAUCCAAGGGAUUCGUCCUCCAGAUGUGUCGAUGGAUUAUCGCACCAUCAUCUGCAGCAGGACCUCCAUUCGAACUGUCGAGAUUCCCACGGUGGACGUGAAGCCGUGCCUCAGACUGACCAACAUUGAGGGUUUGUCUGGCUGCCAUACGGCCAGACUUCAGAUCCAAGCUACCUGGGACUCGUCUUCUGAGAAGCCCUCUGUUGCCUUUUUGCAACAACAGCACCCUCCAGUGCUUUCAGGAAUACCCUCUCAGCCUUCUCAGAAUGGUGGUGGGACGCCCACCAAAGCCGUGGCCUUGCUCAGCCAGAAGAACCAGUCGUGCCCCAUUCGGCUGGACGGUGCUCUGAUUGGGGACUCUGCACCUGUCUUCUAUGCGAACGGCCGGGCGUUCCCACAGACUCACACAGAACUGACCAGCAAUGGCUGGAGGAGCAAUGGCCUCCACAGGGUUGUUCGGCACCGCAAGGAAGUGAGCAGCACGACCAACCAGCAGAGAAACGGCUUGAAGGAAAAGAACAGUCUUAGAUGGAAAGUGAUAAAAGUGGACGAGUCUCGCUCUGUGGACGAGGCCUGCAGGAAGGCACAGAAGAUCCUGCAGGUCAACCUUUCCCCCGUGAUUCAGAUCCAACCGCUCGACCACGUGCUGAACAACUUCAGAUAUCAGAACAAAUAAAAAUUCCUCCCCGCACCAAACUCACACAUUGUUUUCUUUAGCAGAUGUUAGUAUUUUUCAUUCAUUAGCUUCCACCUGGCUGAGAGGCUUCCCUCUCUCUUUUUCUGUUAACGCCGCCGGGUGUUGGAGUUACAAGAGAAAUCUGAGUGUCUUUGUGGAAGUUUUUGUUCCUGACAGGGGCGCCUGGAAUUUAAAGGCAUUUGAAGUAAGGUGAUGCUUUUCCUAGCAGGCUGGGAAAUAACUGGUCGAUUUUUACUGUCAAUAUUCGUUCACGCCAGACAGUAAUCAACCAAUCGUCGCUCUUUGAGCUGCCGAGCUGCAAGCCAGUCCUCUCGAUCGGGACGUAGCAUCCACUGUGGCUGUUAUGUGAAUCAGGUGAAUUUUCUACCCUCCGUGUGCUGGGUGGGUGUUACAGUUGUUUCAAUAGUAUUUAAGUCCCAUUCAAAGUAUAGCAGCCUUUUCGAAACAUACAAGUAUUUCAUACCACAAGCUGUACCGUCAUCUGCAGCACCGUUUUUUUUUUUCUUCUUCUUCUUUUUCACCAGAACACAGGAAAAAAUGGUGUUUAGAGACGGCAGCGUCCCAUCAGAGGUUCAGUUGAGCGGGUUUCCAGACUCGAGCAGACGUUUCUUGGUUGUUUGCUAUGACUUAGCAAAACAAAGUAAUGAAAGGAGAGGGAAGGGUUUAGUUUAGUUGGUCUUCCUUUUUAUAGUUUUUGUUAUUCCAGUAGAAAUCCGAGAAGACUUCUGGGGCGAGCGAUGUUGGAAAUCAGACAUGAAUCUGGGAAUUUUGUCCGUCACAAAGGUUGCAACAAGAAGUGUUGAACACAAUGUGUAGAAAAGGCUUUGGCCUUCUGGAACCAUUUUCAGCUCCAAGUUUACAUUUAAAUCCCAAAGUAUAAUUUAAUCUAACAGCGCAUUUCACUCCUGCUCAGUUGUAUUGAGUCAAAACUCCCCAGAAAGUCUUUACUUUUUCUAUUUCCUCGGCUGUGGUUUCACUUUCACAGCUUAAAUUCAAACUGAAGAAAUGCACUUUUACAGCAGUUCACUGUCGUUCCUCAGCAUAAAUGUUGUCAGUCGUUCUUGCCCGUGUAGUUUCAGCACCGACAUUCUCAAACAUUUGGUUUCAUGGAGUUCAGUUUUUCAUCACGGGUGCUAACUUUCCAAUGACGGUGCUGAGCGAAAAAGUUGGGCGCAAGAAUGUCAAGUUCUUCUUCUCAUUCAGAUUGUGCAGUAGUUUGCUCUGAGGGAACGAUAGCAGCAGCCGCUGCCUUCUGCAGGUUGGGAUGAGCAUGCAGAGCCGCCUUCUGUGCUUUCCAAAGUGGUUAUUACUGUGAGGAACCACCUGGGUCCAUUUUUUCAUGUGAUCAUCCGUGUCAAACUUUAAUGUAGUUUUGCAAAAAGAUGUCUUAACUCGCAGUCUACUGAGGAUCUUUUUUUAUUAUUAUUUUUGGUGCAUUUACCUAUCUCAUUUACAUUAAAUACAGAUGAAAGCACCAGAUGAAGAGUGGACCGUGAGUUAUUUAUUUUGAAAUGAAAAUAUUUUUUUAUUUUGUGCCCCACCCCCCUUAAAAAUUUUUAAAAAGACACUGGUUUUUUAAUCCUGAGAAUUGGCAGCAAAAGUCACCAUCAUAUUAGCAGAUGAAGGUGAUUUAGUGUCUCAAAAACAAAGUUUAACUAUAAAUUUCCGUAAACAUGUUGAAAGCUGUAGACCUGUUGUCAGAGAAAAGAGUGCAUACUUUAUUCUCUCUUCAGAAAACUUCUCUCCUGGUGAAGCUUGCUCCGUGGCAGCUGGUGGGUUGAAAGUCAACUUUUUCAGAUCUCCAACGCAUCUGCUGUGGUGGAUUUUUUAAUGUUCUGAAUAAAGCUCGGUUCCCUUGCCCGGCGCUCUCUUCCUAAAAGCCCUCCCAGAUCCAGUCCGUUCGCUGUCAUGUUCAUGCCCUUUUCUAGAUCUCCUUUCUGUUGGUCUUGUUUGUGCAACACUUGUAUAAUAUUGUAUUUCCUACAUAAACUUUGAAAAUGUUUUUUGUUCAAUAAAACUGAUCUGA